UAAGUAGUUUAAGUGUUGAAAUUUGCCACUUUCUGUCCUGAACAAGUGGAAGGACUCUCGGUUAUAUAGAGCAAUUCUUUAAAAUUUCUGCGAUUUAAUUAUACGUCUUAGUUUACCGUGAUAAAAAUUUCCAUAUACCCCUGUUACACUACAAGACUGAGAGUCUCCCGUUGCUACCUAAGUUAGCAACUUUGGAUUAAUCAUCACUUACUGGGGCUGAAGUGGCCAGAUCGUUAAGGUGAAAACUCACCACUAACUAGUACUGUGGCUACGAAUGCUUGGAGCUGUACCUCCAAUCCUUCAACACUUCUACGUCUUCAAGGCGUGGAGCAAUACAGAUUUUUAUUAACAAUGGCAAUUUCUUGACUAGCUUUAGCGACUAUGUACUUCCCAAAAAGGACUUCACUCCAUGAACCACAUUUGAGGAUCUCACAAGGAUAAAGGUGUUGAUAUUGGUCUUCUGGGUUGUAACACCGAUUGGAAUUGUAGGAAAGUUCUUCGUUAACAGACCGAUCUUGGUAAGAUGACAGAAAACGGAAAAGUGGAAAUUGUGGAAAAAACCAAUGCUGCCGUACCUGUGACGCAGGCGAUACUGUGGCGUAAUGUUACAUUGAUGGCAGUUAUACACUUUCUGGCAGUGUGCAAUAUACUCACCUCAACUGCACAAUGGGGAACAGUUUGCUGGAAUCUAAUAUAUGGUUUUGUUGGUGGCUUAGGAGUUACAGCAGGAGCACAUCGAUAUUGGACACACAAAUCCUACAAAGCAAAGUUACCACUCAGAAUCAUUCUAGCCACUUUGUACCUCACAUGCGGCAUGAACUCUAUCUUCGAUUGGGUGAGAGAUCAUCGUAUUCACCACAAGUUCACUGAGACAGACGCGGACCCGCACAACGCGAAGCGGGGGUUGUUCUUCUCUCACGUGGGCUGGCUUAUGCAGAAGAAACACCCCGAAGUCCUGCGACGGGGACGUCAGAUUGACAUGAGUGACGUGCUGGCUGACCCCGUGGUUCAAUUUGAAGAAAGAUACUUCAAACCACUGCUACUGAUAUUCAGUUUCCUGAUUCCUGUUUCCGUGCCAUGUCUCCUGUGGGGCGAAACGUGGUGGAAUGCGACUCUAGCCAACAUUCUUCGUUGGGUGGUUUUACUUAAUUGUAUCUGGGCUGUAAACAGCUUUGCUCACAUAUAUGGUUUACAUCCAUACAACAGGAAAAUACAGCCGGCGGAUAAUCGUGUCGUAUCUGCAAUAGCACUAGGUGAAGGCUGGCACAAUUACCACCACACGUUUCCCUGGGACUACAAGACUUCUGAGCUGGGUGACUAUGGCCUGAACGUAACUACAGGUUUUAUCGACUUCUUCGCUUACAUUGGAUGGGCUUAUGACCGAAAACAGCCUUCUGAAAAUUUGAUACAGAAAGUUGUGCAGCAGGCAGGAGACGGCACCCAUCCAAAAUGGGGUCAUGUGGAAGAAGUGUCCGAGGAAGCAGAACAACUGCUGAACGCUAGCAAUGAAGUCGAAGAUUUCAAACUCAAUUCUGAAGACAGAUUUAAAUGAAUGUAUGCCUCUACUCUUCCGCAUAUUUUAGUCGCCUCUAAUGGAUUAAUAUAUUACCAUAUUAUUCUGCAAAAUAUGCGGUAAACAAAAUUGUUAGUUUAGAUUCACUGAUCAGUCCACCUUUCUUUGGACGCCUUCUCAGUCUAUAAUUCAAAAUCUUUAGUUACUUACAUAUUUUGAGUUUUAUUAUAUGAUAUGGAUGUCCUUGUUUGUUUAGUGUUUGCGUCUGUAUACAAGGUUGAAUACCUUAAGAAUUUUUUUUUGUAAAAUGGGAUUAUUGUUGUUUAAUUCGUUCAAUGAUGAGUGUUAUUUCAUAGAGCAAUUUCUUUAAAAAACACUUGAUACUCUUAAACAUUCUGAAACACCCUUUUCACAUCUUUAAAAUAAUGUAUAAACGAGAUUAUUCAGCAGCAGUUGACAAAUAAACUUCCUAAAAGUA